GAUGUGUAUGGGCCAUAUGAGCCCAUGCCAUUUAGGCAGAGUGAGGAGCAAGCAAAUUAAGUGCCCUUCCUUUGGGUAACUCGCACUCUCGCAGUAUCCCCUGACUCACCCAAACAAAAAAACAAACGGACGCUUCUCAUUCUCUCUCUACUCGUUCAGAAGAUGUUUCUCACAAGGACUGAGUAUGACCGAGGAGUCAACACCUUUUCUCCCGAAGGCCGUUUGUUUCAGGUUGAGUAUGCAAUCGAAGCCAUCAAGCUGGGAUCAACUGCGAUUGGGUUGAAGACCAAAGAAGGAGUUGUCCUUGCAGUUGAAAAGCGCAUCACAUCGCCGCUCCUGGAGCCUAGUAGUGUUGAGAAAAUUAUGGAAAUUGAUGAGCACAUCGGUUGUGCAAUGAGUGGGUUGAUUGCAGAUGCUCGAACACUUGUUGAGCAUGCACGGGUGGAAACUCAGAAUCACAGGUUCUCCUAUGGUGAGCCUAUGACUGUUGAGUCCACCACCCAAGCUCUUUGUGAUCUAGCCUUGCGUUUUGGUGAAGGUGAUGAAGAGUCCAUGUCCCGACCAUUUGGAGUAUCUCUCCUCAUUGCUGGUCAUGAUGAGAAUGGACCUAGCUUAUACUACACUGAUCCAUCUGGCACAUUUUGGCAAUGCAAUGGCAAAGCUAUUGGUUCAGGGUCAGAAGGUGCAGACAGUUCUCUACAAGAACAAUUCAACAAGGACCUAACCCUUCAAGAAGCCGAGACUAUUGCUUUAUCCAUUUUGAAGCAAGUUAUGGAAGAAAAGGUCACUCCCAACAACGUUGACAUUGCCAAGGUGGCUCCAACGUAUCAUCUUUAUACACCGUCUGAGGUGGAAGCUGUGAUAAGUCGUCUAUGAUUAUCUCUAUUCAGCAUUGUUUCCUAUCCUUCCUGCCGUACGUCUAAUUAUUUAGUAUCAUGGGGAACUUCUUGUGGAUGAUGCUACACUUGUUGCAAAGUUGUAUACUGUACGAGAUUCUGGUGUUAUAUUUGCAUUUAGUCUAGUUGAAAUUGAGGACUAAAAAGGCUUCAAUGGUUGGGAAAAUUUAGAACUAUUACCCGAUUGGGGGAGGCAAUGAAGGGAAAAAAGAUUUACACAACGAUCUCUAUGCAUUAUGUAUAUUUUAUUGGAAGAAUGAAGAUUUAUUUUUACCGUUUUCUAAA